AUGCUCCCCAGAAUGCAUCGAGUAUCUUGCCCUCACGAGAUGCCUGUUCUCGUCGAAGCUCGCCAGCGAAUCCCUCACCUAGUACGUCCCCCCUUCUGCUUCUCUUCCUCGACCAUCAAAUGCCUAACCUGCCCGCCCAUCAGCUUGACACACUUUGUCCACUCCGUCAUCCAAGCGCGCGCCUCAUGGACGGCCCAAUCCCCCCUCUCCCAGAACGUGGACAAGUUCGCCGGCGACACCGUCCAGGCCAUGCAGGCGCUCAAAGAGUCGGCGCCCGAGAAGAGCACCAAGCUCAAGGAAGACCUGCAAGCGCUGCUGGCCAGCUUCGCAUCCUGCCAGACGUACUGCGCCAGCUCGAGGCUCGAGUACCCCUUCGGCCGCGCGGAGAGACAGGCCAGGGACACGCUGCAGCUCUUCUUCGCCGACGCCGCCGCCAUCCAACAGGCGUCGUCCACCCACGGGGACCGCAUCAUCCACCUCGCCUCGCCGCCCGCCGGGGCCGUUGAGAAGUUCACCCUGGGAAACAGACGCUUGCCACGCCUCUUCAACGGCCUCUGGCAGCUGUCCUCGCCCGCCUUCGGGGUCGGCAACUGGCACCAGCAGCAGCGUAAGCUCGUGAAGCUGGUCGAGGCGGGCUUGGUCGCCGCCGACAUGGCCGACCACUACGGGGAUGCGGAACUCGUCUACGGCGAUUUCCGCAACAGACUCCCCGCGGCGACACAGGCCGAACUAUACGCCGCCACAAAGUGGUGCGUCUUCAAGCCGCUCAACACGCCCGUCACAACAGAGUACGUCCUGGCGGCCGUGAGAGAGCGCUGCAGGCGUCUAGGCGGGCGCGUAGACUUGCUCCAAUUCCACUGGUACGACUACGAAGCAAAAGAAUACCUCCAGAUACUCCACGAACUCAUCGGCAUCACGAAAUCCCACCCCGAGUACCUGUCCGCCGUGGGCCUGUGCAAUUUCGACGCAGAGCACACCGACGAGAUAUGCAGGUAUCUGAUAGACAAGACGGGCGAGGUGGGCAUCGUAUCGAACCAAGUACAAAAGCAGUUCUCGCCCAUCGACACCCGCCCCCUGAUGGGCAUGACGCAAGUCUGCGAGCGGUACAACCUCAAACUCCUCACCUACGGCUCCCUGAAGACCAAGCCUCGUCAGAAACAACGGGCAGCUAACGUCCUCCCUCUCCCCCCAAAAAAGUGCGGCGGCCUCCUAACGGAGAAGUGGCUGAACCAACCACCGCCAGACAUAUACUCGCCCUCGAACCCUCUCAACCCGUCGCAGCGCAAGUACCUCGACAUGAUCAACCACUGGGGCACGUGGCAGGAGUUCCAGUCCCUUCUGGGCACGCUGUCUCUCCUCGCGACAAAGUACAGCGUGAGCAUUGCCGACGUCGCGAGCCGGUGGGUGUUGCAGCAGCCGUCCGUGGGUGCCGUCCUCGUCGGGACGAGACUAGGCGUGUCGGAUCGCUGCGCCGAUGCGCUCCACGUGUUUGGAUGGAACUUGAGCAAUGCCGACAUCAUGGCCAUUGAUGCCUUUGCGCAUGGCCACAACGGCGAGAAGCUGCAUGCCGUCUAUCAGAAGAUUGGCGAUUGCGGACAGGAAUAUAGAGGCAUGAGGGCGUAA